CGGUUUCACAACGGCGGCCGCCGCCGAUGUUUUCCUCCCCGGCACCGGGCGCAUGGCGCGGCCGCCUGGGACGCUUCUCCUCCUCCUUCUCCGCCUCCUCCUCCGCCUCGCCGCCGCCGGGCGGCCCUGCGGCCCCGCCAGACUGUCUCGGGACACCGUGUUGGGCCGCCUGGGAGCCAACAUCACAUUGACCUGCCAGGAUGAGGUGCCUGCAAACGCCACGGUGCUGUGGCGGGUGGAGGAGCAGGGGGCAGCAGGGGGCUGGGGACGGCAGCUGGCAGAGGGAAACACGCUGCUCCUGCGGCGGCUGCGCUACGAGGACUCUGGGCACUACAGCUGCUCUGUGGGGAGCCACCUGCUGCGCUCCCUGCGGCUGCUGGUGGCAGCACCUCCCUGCCUUGCAGAGCCCCCUGAAACUCCCCAGGUCUUCUGCUACCGGCGGAGCCACGACAAGGAUGUGCUGUGUGAGUGGCCACAGCAGGAGAAGCCAUCCCCAGGGACACGGGCAGUGCUCUGGGUGAAGCGGAGGUUCACGGCUGAGAAUGCCACAGAGCAGCGGUGCCGCUACUUCUCCAAGGCACGAAAGUUUGUUUGCCGGGUGAAGGUGCCACCUGGCACUGAUGACACCAGACACCUUGUGGUGUCCACGUGCGUCAGCAACAGUGCUGGUGGCUCGGCUGGCAAAGACAAGAUCAUCACCCUCAGCAGUGUCCUGAAGCCAGACCCCCCAGUCAAUGUGACAGUGGAGGCUCUGGAGAAGGCGCCGCAGCGGCUGCAGGUGCACUGGUCCUACCCCCCAUCCUGGGACCCCCGUUUCUACUGGCUCCGCUUCCAAGUCCGCUACCGCCCUGAACCUGCCCCAACCUUCGUGGAGGUGGAUCAGGUGACAACGACUUGGCUCGACAUUCGUGACGCAUGGCGUGGGACGAGGCACGUGGUGCAGGUGAGGGCGAAGGAUGAGUUCGGCCAUGGUGCGUGGAGCGAGUGGAGCCAGGAGGCUCUGGGCACCCCCUGGACAGGUAGGAGGAAAUCAUGGGGUCCUGAGACUGGGGGGGUCAGCAUGGGGUCUCCCAGUCUCAUACUCCCCACUCACCGUGCAGACCCUUGGGACCUCACCCCUGAAAUGGAGCCUUUCAGCUCUCAGGUCCCCAUGGAAGAUGGCACCUAUGGGGUGACACUGCUCCCCAGGCUCUUCAGGGAGGAUGAUACUGAUGGUGCUGGUGGGUCUGUCAUGGAAUCCAACACCCAUCCUGUGGCAUCCCCCUAUGCCUUCCUGGUCACCGGGGCGAGUCUGCUCCUUGGCAUCGCCCUGUUUGUUGGCAUCGUGGUGAGGUACAGGCAGACAUGGUGGACAAGCGAGCAGGAGACGACCAAGCCAGAGGGCGAGGGGCAGCAUAUGCUGGUUCCCCUACGCCUCCCCCUGCCCACACUCAGUGAAACUCCUCUGCUCUCACAUCCUGCCCCCUCAACCCCUGGAGUGCUCCACAUGACUCAGGCAGAUUUCUCCUCCUCAGGGCAGUAGUCAGGGGCUGAAUAUGCUGGUAGGUGCUUGGGGGUUGGAUGUGGGUCCCCACAGCUGUGAUGUGGCUUCUGGGAGCAGUUCCCCCCCACUAUCCGGUGGUUCUGUGGCUGGGACAAACCUCUGAGGAGGGGAAUCAGUGCCACUCCCCCAUGGAGAAGCAGCUGGCAAUGGCCCCAAACUGAGUCCUGGGGGCACUUUCAGCACCAUGGCCAAGCUGGCGUGGCCAGGAGUGACAGCGCUGGAAGCGUGGCUGCACCAGAGCGUGGAGCUCGCCCGGGACCGGCUUCGGGGGUCCCACAGGGAAGGGCCUGGUUCCUACAGUGCCAUGGGGGUUGGGGAGGGAGGGAGGGUCUGGCUGGAUCAGCCCCCCAUACCUCUGCUUCAGCCCCCUCGGGGCUCCUUUUCAAAGCAUGUUGGGGAAACAAGACAAUGUGGCUCAAAUAAAUGCUUUGGAUUUACA